UAACCAUGGAUACUUAUCACGACGGCAGUGGAUUGUUAUUUUACGAAAAACAACUGAAGCUUCACUAGAGAAACAGAACAUUUUGUACGAGACAUUCAUCUCGCUGUGUUCGCUGCUCGAAAGGGAAGUAAAUUUCAAAGUCUACAUUAUUCGUACGAGGAAAGACAUCGAUUAACGAAAUCAAUUAUGCCACGUCGAAAACCAAUCACCAAACUGGGCAUAUUCGGGAAGUAUGACAUAAACCCGGAACAGGCGGUAGAAAACUACUUUGAGUCGAAAUUGAACAAUAAGUGUUACGUCAAUAUCCCUGGCUGGGAUGUCGCCCGCAAUGGGUUCGAGCUUAAGGGCAUCCACAAUGAUCGUGAGUACAUGGAAAUUACCAAGGAGCAGCACCGGAUGCGUGAGCAAGCCCAACGCCAAGUAGUCGUCAACCGGAAGCGGUUAGAGCAAACGACCGAUUUACUGCACCGCAUGCGGGCCGAAUUUGUCGAGCUGAACGAUUUUCUAAAAGACUGCGAAAUGAAGGAACAAAACGCUUUGGAUACGGUAAAACGCGAAAAGGAAAAGCACGAACAGUACGGGAAAAAGAUCACACAGCUCGAGGCGGAUCUGGAAAAGUUGGAUGACUUUGUGAUAAAGUAUGAAGCAACGAUCAACACAUUUGAACCGUUUGAGAAAGUUAUGGAACAGACGAUCGCCGAAUCGAAGAGCUACGAAAAUAUGCAAGAACUUAUUCAGCGUUGUGAUUCGCUCCUACUGGCACAGGUGGAAAUUUCGGCUGUAGAGCAGCAAAAGAUCCAGGAGAUAGAGGAAAUCCGUCAGAAUCUCUUCAAGGCAACCAAGACGGCACUGCAUAUUAUUACCGGACUGAAUAAUGAUCUGUCCGAAUUGUUGACACAAUACGUUGCCGCCAAAGAGGAAGGACUGCGCUGGGAAAAAUCGGUCACCGUCGUCAAGAGCUACAUGGUGGAGAAUGAAUCGAGCAUUAAUUGCCUUUUGGACGCUAUUAACCAUGUGUACAUACUGCUACGCAAGCGUCGCGGUUCGGCACCGGUUGCUCCACGUGGUGACGUCGAAACGCAGCUAGAUCACAUCAAGGAGGAGAUCGAGAUUUUGCACGACGUACGCAAACAGGCAGCUGCUAAGAUGCGCAACGAUGGUCACAGUCUGUGCGCUGAGAAAGGGACGGAACGGCGUAAAACUGCAUUGUAAAGCAUAAUAGAAACAAAGUUACAUAUGUUGGAUAAAUUUCGGACUCAAAACAUAAGCUCACAACCAUACACACACACACAUUAUUUGACAACUUUGAGUUUAUUCAUUUGUAUCUCUCGCGUUUAUUAUUGUUUUUUUUCUCUGUUUAUUACUCAUAGGUUUAAACGAUAGCAUUUAAUUUCAAUCAACCAGUGAUUCAUCGAUUUACUUUCAUAUGUUAGCGAAUCAAUGCAUAUAAUGGGGGAAAGAGUGGUUUUGUUUGUUUUUUUGUUUGUUUAGAGCGUAUUACACUGCAUCAUGAAUGCAUAUUUAUAGCAGAUAUAUGUAUGUAUACGUAUUUUGCUUUUUUUUGUGUGUGAGAAACAUAUUGAUCUAAACAUCCGGUUCCCAUUACGAUCGAGAAGGGCAGGAUGCCAAUCCGUGACACAAUGAAGUAAGUGUGUUUAUAGUUAUACUUUACACUCCAUUUGCCAUGUUAUUGCCUGUCCAUAGUUAUUAUUUAAUAACGCAUAAUAUUAAUUAUAAAUUGCAUAAAUAAAAAAAUAAAUCCUUUUCUUGCGCCGACACAAAUGAUCGAGUGUUAACGAACACUACCUGGCUACUGAUUUGGCUGUCAGCCACGAUCGUUCCA